CCUCGUUCAUUGAUAUGGCAACCGAAGACUACAUCCGGGCGCUGGAACAGCGUCUGGCGCAGGUGGAAAGCCGACUCUUGGGCCUGGAAAACGGGAACAAGACCGCUGGAUCCGAUGUCCCAGACUCCAGUGCCGACACGGCGAGCAUAGCAUCCACCGAGCAAGCAGUGAAAAAUGAUCCACAGGAGAAACCCGCGUCCGAGACCGAGGACAGCAAUAACAAUCCGCGCCCGCCACUACCUCCGAUCGAGCUCAAAGUGCAAAACUUGUCCUAUAUCCCGUUUACAUACCAUGCCCUCCCUGCCGACAGUCAACCCCUAAUUGAAGCUCUCUACUUUCCCAACGGUCGGAAAAAAGCGAGAGAGGAACGGAAUACAUUUUACAAUACGCUGGAGAGCGUCAAGCCCGACAAGGCCGUGCAGAUGAUCAGGGAUGCCUAUGUACCGGCAGGCGACUUUGACAUGGCCCACGUCGCUGCGCUUCGCAUCACAUCCCAGCCGUUGGGAAACAUUCUGCAGUCAUUGUGGAAUGCGGAGCCCUCCAUGGAACACGUCCUCAUGUACCCUCCAUUCAACGAUCCAAUCUACUUUUUCGAUGGUGCCAAAAAGAAGCUCGCAGAAAUGGAGGCCCACGCGGAACAGGAUCCAGGCCCUGCGCCUGGUGACGGUCCUGGAACAUCUUCUCAAACUCCCAGUGAGCCGAGCCUGCUGGAGCAGUUACGAUUCUACGUGCAUCUUAUGGAGCAGGAGGUUAUUCCGUUUUGCGAGCACUUCAAGACCCUGUCCGCCUCGGAUAACGCUACCGUACAGUUUGACAAUCUUUAUCAUCUGUUUCAGCCCGGCGACAUAAUAGUCUACCCUGGGGCCAGUACCAAUCACGAAACGGGUCUAGGAAGCAAUCGGGGAGAUCAACUAUUGUGGCGAGUGUAUUCCCGAUGGGGACUCUCCACCAGCGAUCAGUUGGUGGUGAACGCGUAUUGCAUUGACUACGAUGGCCAUUCUUACGUCUGCAGCACACAAUCCUUCACGAUCAAGCGCUUUGACGGAGCAGUCAGUGUCACUAGCUUGAAGGUCUAUCCGAUCCGGUGUGCAAGCAAUAUGCAGUCACUGCUCGACGAUGCGAAGAGACGGGGAGAAGCCUUUCAAAGAUUUACCAAGACCAAGCUAGUCACCCACAACGGCUGGGCCUCGGAACCGAAUCCAUCAGAUCCAACUUUGCGAUACAUCACUGGUGAUGUGGUCAUCGAUUUCACUGAAACGUUCAAAGCUCAUGCGGACUGCAAGCCCACUACUCAACUACCCGAUUUCGACAAGUCAGAUACUGACAAAUCGAGCUAUACGGAUCAGUUGCUUUUGUUUUGGACCGAUGGGAAAGCCUUGGGGGAGUCGCAAGAAAAGUGGGUUUGGUACUCAGGAGAACAUCCCCAAACUGUCGAGGAAAAGGAUUACUGUUACGACGAAGAUAAUUUUCUCUCCUAUCUCUUUGAAGGGGAUCAAAACGAAUACACCUUGAGCGAAGAAGAUCUCUGCUUGCUUCCCCGGAGACUCUUUGCUUACUCCCUUCAGGACCGACGGUUUGUGGCGGUCGACGUGGAUAAUUUGAAGCUGAUCGAGUAUGCGCAGUCCAAGUUUGACAGCCUAGUCAUCAAUCAAAAGCACGAGAGAAUGCUCCGAGCCCUCAUACAGUCUCACUUUAGUCGGAAGGAAAUCUAUGACUUGACAGGCAACCGCAUUACUACUCAAGACAUCGUUCAUAAUAAGGGAAGGGGUCUUAUCAUCCUCCUCCACGGAGUCCCAGGUGUUGGCAAGACAUCUACAGCAGAAACGUUUGCCAACGAAUUCCGAAAGCCACUACUUCCGAUUACUUGCGGUGACCUCGGUCUGGAUCCUGCAACGGUGGAGCAAUCACUCAAGGAGAUGUUUCGUCUGGCCCAAUUAUGGGACUGCGUCUUGCUGUUGGAUGAAGCAGACGUCUUUCUUACGGAGCGGAUACCAUCCGAUCUGAACCGGAAUGCGCUCGUGUCAGUUUUUCUUCGCGUCUUGGAUUACUACGCCGGAGUUCUGUUUCUGACGACCAACCGGGUUGGCACUAUCGAUGAAGCUUUCAAAUCCCGACUUCAUGUCAGCUUAUAUUAUCCCCAUCUGAAGCCAAAUCAGACCGAGAAGAUCUGGCAGAUUAAUCUCAAGCGACUGGGCGAGAUUGAAGCAGAACAGAGUCGGAUUACUGGACAGCCUCCCAUGACGGUUGAUUACAAUGGAAUCCUAGAGUUUGCCAGAGACCACUAUCGGAAGGGGAGGGACAGUGGGAAGGGAGUCUGGAAUGGGAGACAAAUCCGGAAUGCGUUUCUCAUUGCAUCUGCACUCGCGCGGUUUGAAAUGGGUCAAGGUCCAGAUAUUCCCAGAUCAUAUGACCUAAGUGCCAGCCACUUUAAGACGGUUGUCGAAGUUGGGUUUGGAUUUGAAGUAUAUCUCCAGGAAGUAAAAGGCAAAAGCGAUGGGGAAGCUGCCUUUCUGCAGGGGACUCGUGCGGAU